AUGUCUGGAUACACUCCUCUUGCAAAGUGCACACUCGGCAUCAGCUGGGCCUUGACAUCUCUCGGAUUCGCAUCGACUGCCCUGCCGGUCCUCGUCCUCGGCGAAUUCAAAACCGACGACGGCCUCGUCGCGGCGUCGUUCCUACUGUCCGCGGCUCUUGUCUCGCUGUCGACGUGGGCCAUUGUAGACGAGGGCCAGGGCAGCCACGAAACAGACAUGUCCGCCACGCAGCUGGAACACAUGGCCAAGUCGCUGCUCGUCGCCGAGGCGCUCUGGAGCGUUGCCAACAGCCUCGUCCGCAUCUCGGCCUGCCUGCUGCUCAGCAGGCUUUUCGGGGUGUUCAGAGCCGCCAGACGCGGGCUGGUUAUGCUCAUGGUCCUGUGUGCCCUGCUGGCCGGGGCCUCGGUGCUCCAGGUGUUCCUGAUGUGCACGCCGCUGGCGGCCACCUGGGACAAGAACAUGGCAGGCACAUGCGGGGACCAGGCCGCGUCCUUUAUGGCGUUUGAGUCUCUCGGCCUGGCGUUGGACGUUGCCGUACUAGCCGUUCCGGCCGUGUACGUGAUGCGGUUGAAGCUGCCUCUGCAGGGCCGUCUGGCUGCCAUUGUCGUCUUGGACGCGGGGGCAAUCGUGCUCGCAGUGUCCGCCUUUCGGAUGAAGGCGCUGCACGACGCGGUCGGCCCCGACUUCGCCUACUCCAGCAGCUACAUGUCUUUGCUGUCGGCCGUGGGCACCAUGACGGGCAUCAUCUGCUGCGGGAUCCCGGGUCUCAGGGCCAUCGUGGUCCGUCGGCAGCGCGGGAGACACGGACGAGGGGACCGUGUUGACGAGGUGGUUGAUGGUUCGGACAUUUCUGCCAAGCAGAUGGCAGCGGCGAAAUCCACAAGUCUGCGAGAUUUGGCAAUGCAAACUUCAGAGGAUGGGGGGGCGGACAUGGACAGGCAAGACGUGUAG